UCACCCACCUCAUCGCCCCGCCCUCUCCCCCAUGUCUCCUCCCCCCGUGGCUCUCUCCUUGCUCGCCGUUGCCGCCCUCCGCCUCUGCAUUGGCGGAGUCCCCGCAGGGAGAGAGGCGCCCAAGGGGAGGAGACUCGGAGCGGUUGCGAGACGAUUUGCGUGCCAGCAUUCUUCAUUCUUGAGUCACUUUUGGUGCGGGUGGAAUUUUUGGUUCUCUCAUUCGCCUCCCUCUCUCGCGUGCCGGUUGCGUUUGGAGUCAUAAUUUCACGGCAGUCGCAGCUUGCGCGCGCUAAUCUUUUAGAAUGUGCACGUUUCGUCGGAUGCGCUGGUAACAUUUUCAUCGCCAUCAUCAUCAUCGUCGUCAUCUUCUAUCGGCCGACAGUGAAGAGCAUCAUCAUCAGCAUCGUCAUCUUUACAGGGCCUCAACAUCGGCAAGAGCGAUGAGUUUCAACAAAGCUCACCGCUACGGCCGGCAAGUCAAUGGGACUCACUCGGAUAAUGGCAUCACUUCGCCCAUGGAUUCCUACAGCUCUGGCUUCAGUGGCUCAGUAAAUGCCAGCAAAUCUGACAACAGCUGCUCGUUCACACAGCACAGGACGAGCGCCGCGGCAGCAGGGCCCGCGAAUAGUCACCCGACACGAGACGGAGAACCGCAUCCCGGAACUGGAUCCAGGCGGUCAGACUCUGCCAUCUCCGUGCACUCUCUGCACUCCGAGUCCACGCUCUCGAUUCGCUCCACGUUUUCCCUGCACGGUCCCGAGGAGGAGGAGCAGCAGGAGCCACUGGUGUUCGUGGAUCAGCCGUCGGGGAAGCUCACUUGCCAGCUGUGCGGGCGCGUCUACCGCGAUCCCGUCAUCACCACCUGCGGGCACACGUUUUGUCGAAAAUGCACCCUGACGGCCGACAAGUGCCCGGCCGACCUGGCCAAGCUGAGCGUGGUGGUGAGCAACAUCGCCGUGGCGGAGCAGGUAGGCGAGCUCGAGGUCCGCUGCAAGUACGGGUGCCGCCCUGCGGGCACCCCACUGGGCGCCACGGCCGCCCCCCUCUUCCGGCCGUCGGGGUCCUACGACUACGAAUCGGACCCCCAGGGCUGCCCCAUCACCAUCAAGCUGUGCCUACGCAAGGAGCACGAGGAGACCUGCGAAUACCGUCCCGUUCAAUGCCCCAACAACCCCGACUGCCCCCCGUUGCUCUGGACUAACCUAGAGGCCCACCUGCGCGAGUGCAAGCACAUCAAGUGUCCGCACGCCAAGUACGGGUGCGACUUCGUGGGGAACGACGACACGGUGCCGGCGCACCUGUCGCGCUGCCGGUACGAGGCGGUGAGCGAUUACCUGCGCGCGUGCGAGGAGCGCUUUGGCGAGAUGCGGCUGUCGCUGACGCAGCGCGACCAGGAGCUCGCCUUCCUGCGGAGCAUGCUGGGCCGCCUCGCCGAGCGCCUCGAGCAGCUCGAGAAGUCGGUCGACGUCAAAUUUGACAUGCUACAUGAAAAUCAGACGAAGCUGGGCGAAGAGCUGAUGGAGUUCCGUAGAGAUACCACCCUGCUAAGCGAUGAGAUGUCUCACAUCAACGAUCGGCUCAACAUGGGCGUCCUGGGAUCUUAUGAUCCCCAGCAGAUCUUCAAAUGCAAGGGCACCUUCGUGGGCCACCAGGGACCCGUGUGGUGCCUUUGUGUGCACGUCGGAGGGGACCUGCUGUUCAGCGGAUCGUCCGACAAGACCAUCAAGGUGUGGGACACGUGCACUACUUAUAAGUGCCAGAAGACAUUGGAAGGGCAUGACGGCAUCGUGCUGGCUCUGUGCAUACAGGGGAACAAGCUCUACAGCGGAUCUGCUGACUACAACAUAAUAGUGUGGGACAUCCCGACGCUGCAGAAGGUGAGCAUGAUGCGAGCUCACCACAACCCUGUGUGCACGCUGGUCGCCGCCAACGGCAUGCUGUUCAGCGGCUCGCUCAAGGCCAUUCGGGUGUGGGAUAUCGACGGUGUGCAGCUCAACCUCAAGAAGGAGCUGGCAGGGCUCAACCACUGGGUACGGGCGCUCGUGGCCUCGCAGAACCACCUCUACAGCGGCUCCUACCAGACCAUCAAGAUCUGGGACAUCCGCACGCUGGAGUGCGCGCACGUGCUCGAAACCUCGGGCGGCAGCGUCUACUCCAUCGCCGUCACCUCGCACCACAUCGUGUGCGGCACCUACGAGAACGUCAUCCACGUGUGGGACCUGGAGCGGAAGGAGUGCAUCCGCACCCUGACGGGGCACGUGGGCACCGUGUACGACCUGGCCGUCAUCUCCACGCCCGACCAGACCAAAGUGUUCAGCGCCUCCUACGACCGCUCGCUCAGGGUGUGGAGCAUGGACAACAUGAUCUGCACGCAGACGCUGGUGCGGCACCAGGGCAGCGUGACGGCGCUCGCCGUGUCCCGUGGACGCCUCUUCUCCGGCGCCGUCGACAGCACCGUGAAGGUGUGGACUUCCUAAUUACGUCACAUGCUGGUCACGAGACGUCGCAUCGCGCCUCGGGCGAAGUGGCCGCCAGACACCGCUCCAACCGCGCAAGCUGCGUUACGGCGCCGAAGAGUUAAACUGGACGUCGACGAUGUAGUCUGUAAAUAUGCUGAUGUCGUAACGUGACGGUUGGUUGGCGCAGCGUCUAAGAAGGGCGUGAAACGGGGGCCUCCUGUUCUGCAGCUCCUGUGUGACUUUCAGCGUUUGCCAAUCUUCGUCAGGAACGCACGAAAGUUGCGCGUACGCGCAUGCGCAAGGAUCGCGAACUGAAUUCGUACAGACAUCACCACGUGUCGGAUAUUCCAUUAAUAUCGACACUUCACGACGAUACGUGCAUUGAAUCGCAUAGAAUCGUACAUGUGAUGGGUUCACCUAACUCUUGCAGCCACAUUCACCAAAACGUUAAAAUAAUCUGUUCUUGAAUCGAAUUGCAGCCGUGCUUCGCGGCAAAUUUUAUUAGCACUCCCUGUAUACAUGAGGCCAACACGUGUACAAUCGGGGAUCGAUAUCUAAAUUUUGAAUUGGCGCUCUCUGCGUCAUGUGGGACAGGCUUUACCAAUCCUUGGGCACACAACUGAAUUUGUAACAACCUCAUUGCAUAUAACGAGCACAUUUAUAUUUGAACUGAAGAUUGGUAAAAGUGGUAAGGCCCGCACCCAUUGUGGGUAGUGAGUACUGGAGUUUAUGAGAAUCUAGGCUCAGAAAGACAAAAAAAACACGAUGACCUGCAGCUUGAGUAAUGAGGAAAAGACUGCAGUGACAAUCAAGAGCAUGAAUUGACAUACUGAGAAGUAUACAACUGACACUGCAGUCACAUCACGAGACUUUAAAUGCUUUUAUUCUCAUUUACGACCUCGGAUCGGAAGAGGUGGCUUGUAAUUUGGGACAUUGUGAGAAUUUAUAUUCUUAGCUCUUUCGGUAAAAUCACGUUGAAGGGAAACAAUAAAAUAAAUAUAAAAAAUAAAAAUUAUUACGACGUUUCGACCAUAACACAAACGGUCAUCAUCAUUAUUUUAUUGUUUCCCUUCAACGUGACUUUACCGAAAGAGCUAAGAAUAUGAAUUACUGCAGUCACGAAAGCUUUAAAUCAAAAUUGUGAGAAUUUGUUUUGCGUGAAUGGGUUCGACUAAAUUUUCUUAGAUUUUUAUUUUCGUUUGAAAAGGGAUAUUUGCAUCGUCAGAUUUGUUAGCAUUGCCGCCGAUUGUAUCGCCAACAUCAUGAGCAUCACCGGCAUCUUUAUUGUCAGUCAUCAUCAUUAUUGUUAUCAAGUGCAUCAAAAGCAUCAAUCAAUCAUCAGAAUCCCAGGGUAGAUGAAAUAUGUACCACCCUGUGAAGCUAAACCUCUUGGUGAUGAGGAAGUAAUCAGUCACCUCUGUAUUGCAUAGAAGUACGGAUAAUUUGCGCAAAAAAAUACCAUUGCUGUACCGUACUGUGCUCGGAUGACUGCACUUCCCACAUUCACCGACCCGCACUGACCAGCAUGGUGAAGUAUGGUCAACCAACCCGCACAACUUGCGCGGUGUGGGGGGAGGAGUUCCUCCAGCAGUGGUGUAGGCAACAGGGGCUGUACAUGCACACGCUGUCGACUGCCUAAACGCAACCGCAUCUUAGCGUUGCAAAAUAUUGUGCCUAAGCGUGUGCAAGCGGCGGAAGUAUGCAUCCAAAAGAAUCGAUGAACGUCGACUCUUGAACUCGCGGUGUGUGUAAGAAUGGCGUGUGUAAGAAACUUUUUUUGUUUAAGUUUUUAUGAUACCUGCAGUGGGUUCUUGUCAGCGCUGCAGCCUCUAGUGGCCACCGCAUUCACUACGACGUGAACAUAGAAGCGACCCUUGAAUCAAAUCGUGAUCUUUAAUCGCAACAUGUAAACACUCGUUAAUUGGCCAAUAACACCUACAUACAUAUAGGAUCGCAGCACUUGUACGCACGUGUUCAACAUCUUUAGCAAUUGUUGGCGCGACGGCUCUUCGAGUGGCUUGUCGAUGAUUCCUCGCACCUCUGCGUCGUUCCCCCCACCUCUGCGUCGUUCCCCCCCUGUUCGAGUGAGCACAUACUGUGCGCGUCACAAGUUAUUUACUCAUUGUUUCUCUUGGCGGGCUCAGAGGUGGAUCGUUCCGCUUGUGGCUUGCCCCAGGCACGUGACAUCUUCACCGCUGUCUCAGGACUAUGUAACGCUCAGACAAUGGCUCCGCAAGAGGCCGUUGGCAUUGGUACGGACUGCCACUCAACAUUUGUUUCGGUGGUUGCCACAUGUUGCAUUUGACAUGGUAUCAGGCCAGGUUCGCGCUGGGGUUUAGAAUGUUUGACUGUCAAUUUGGUUGCCAGUUCAAAUCCCCGACGGUAGGUUACCGUUAAACCUGUCAUAAUCGCCAUCAUUGAUACGGUUGAUAAAAUAGGUACCCCCGAUGUGGGUUGCCCACUGGCUCCCACCAUGGGAAUAUGGAAUGUACUUUGACAUUGGGUUGUUGAACCGUCGUAGAGACGAUCGCUAUAGCUACCACGCUAUUAAAACACGCUUUGGCUGUGAAGUGAAAAUGUGAUGGCAGUACAGCCGUGCGGGUUCACGAACCUGUCUGUUCGGACCUUUGUUGAGUACUACCCGUCGUAGGCUUUGUAGGUUUUCUCCACACUCGCAUGUUUCACUUAUCCCAUAUUGGUACAACACACCUGUUACAUCUAGAUUGAAAACACAUUUCUUUAGAACUGUUUUUUGUGUUCAGUUUGUUGUCCUCCCCCACCUACGAUUAGCACGGUUGGCUACGUACGGUGCGAAAGAAGUUCAACGUGCACACCUUAAAACGGAAACUGUUCCAAACAAACAAAAAAAAAGGGCUCUUGGGACUCUGUGAAGCUUUGGUGGAUAGGUAUAUUGCAAUUGUUAUUAUGGACUGGUCUGUGACAGGAGGCCAGUGCUGCUUGCCGUACGCUGCGGCUGUUCACGGUGUCACAGAGUCCCCCAUAGGUCACCGUGGCCCCCAGCCCAUGCCUUGCGUCGUGUAUUUUUGAAACUCCUUUUGACAUUUUAUAUACACGUCACGAAAAGCACUGUUUGCUGCACAGCUAUGAAAUAAAAUAAAAAUUGCAAGUGCCAAAUGGAAUGUACUUAGCUGCUAAAGAUUGCCGCUUAAAUUAUAUUUUUUAAGAUUAAAAACGGAUAAAGAUGUUUUUUUUUUAAAUCGGAUAAAUGAACGUUUUAAUCUGGAUAAGGUUAACUUAAGGAAAACUGAUGGUGACACAGUUCCGUGUGCGUUUUGGCCAAAUUGACCGGUUAACUGCUGUGCUGGAAACAGAGUUGAACCAAAUGUAUUUAAUAAGAGUCCUUCGUAAGUAGUGUCAUUAUUUUAUUCCUCUUGGCAACCUCGUAAAAAAAUGUGUUUUUCGAAAGACUUUAUUAUAUGCUGACGCAUUUUACGAAUACAGGGUUUCUUCACUGCG